AUCAAUUCCUUUCAGAAGUAAAUUCUCUGAAUGACUAAAUAAAUGAUAAGGGGAAAUGCACCGCUGUAACGGCCACCACUGCUUGUAGAUUUGGAGCUGGUGGGCUGGCCUCAUCUUUUGCUGUCUUCAAAUUCUGCUUUUUGCAAUGCUUUAAAUUCCUCCCCUUUUCAACUGGGCUGCCUUUGAUUUCUGCACAACUCCCUUCCCAGGGUGUUUCUUGAUUCAAAAAAGUGUUCUUUGUGAAAAGGGAGUUUUUCUGUGAAGAUGGGGGAGAAGCCUGAAGUUCUUGAUGCUGUCUUGAGGGAGACAGUGGACUUGGAAAACAUUCCCAUUGAUGAGGUGUUUGAGAAUCUGAGAUGCACCAAAGAGGGCCUCACUAGUGAGGCUGCUGAAGAGAGGUUGGUCAUUUUUGGACACAACAAGCUUGAAGAGAAGAAGGAGAGUAAAUUCCUGAAGUUUUUGGGGUUUAUGUGGAAUCCUCUUUCAUGGGUUAUGGAAGCGGCAGCUAUCAUGGCGAUCGCCCUUGCCAACGGAGGAGGAAAGCCUCCGGAUUGGCAGGACUUUGUGGGAAUCAUCACCUUGCUAUUCAUCAACUCAACUAUCAGUUUCAUCGAGGAAAAUAAUGCUGGCAACGCAGCAGCUGCUCUCAUGGCUCGUCUUGCUCCAAAAGCAAAGGUUCUUAGAGAUGGGAGGUGGAAUGAGGAAGAGGCUUCCGUGUUGGUGCCCGGAGACAUUAUUAGCAUAAAGCUCGGUGAUAUAGUUCCUGCUGAUGCUCGUCUCUUGGAUGGCGAUCCCCUUAAAAUUGAUCAGUCUGCUUUGACUGGGGAAUCCCUUCCUGUGACGAAGGGGCCGGGAGACGGUGUAUACUCUGGCUCCACGUGCAAGCAGGGAGAGCUCGAAGCUGUUGUUAUUGCAACGGGUGUUCACACCUUCUUCGGAAAGGCUGCUCACCUUGUCGAUAGCACUAAUCAAGUCGGGCACUUCCAAAAGGUUUUGACCGCGAUUGGAAACUUCUGCAUAUGCUCUAUCGCGGUGGGGAUGGUUAUCGAGAUAAUAGUGAUGUACCCUAUUCAGCACAGGAAAUACCGGCCCGGGAUUGACAACCUUCUUGUUCUCCUCAUUGGAGGUAUUCCAAUAGCCAUGCCAACCGUCCUCUCGGUUACAAUGGCGAUUGGUUCUCAUCGUUUGGCUCAACAGGGAGCUAUAACGAAGAGAAUGACUGCUAUCGAAGAGAUGGCGGGAAUGGAUGUGCUUUGCAGCGACAAGACAGGGACUCUCACGCUAAACAAACUUACUGUCGAUAAGAAUCUUAUCGAGGUUUUUGCAAAAGGCGUUGAUGCAGAUACCGUUGUUCUGAUGGCGGCUAGAGCCUCUCGAACCGAAAACCAGGACGCCAUUGAUGCUGCUAUUGUAGGAAUGCUGGCUGAUCCGAAAGAGGCACGUGCUGGAGUUCGAGAAGUGCACUUCCUUCCUUUCAACCCCACUGACAAGCGGACAGCGUUGACUUACAUAGACGGCGAAGGGAAGUGGCACAGGGUCAGCAAAGGUGCACCCGAGCAGAUUCUAAACCUUGCACACAAUAAGUCGGACAUAGAGCGAAGGGUUCAUGCUGUGAUCGAUAAGUUUGCAGAACGAGGCCUGAGAUCACUUGCCGUUGCAUACCAGGAACUUCCAGAAGGAACGAAGGAUAGCCCUGGAGAACCAUGGCAAUUCAUUGGGCUCAUGCCUCUCUUCGAUCCGCCUAGACACGACAGUGCAGAAACUAUAAGAAGGGCAUUGAAUCUUGGAGUAAAUGUCAAAAUGAUAACCGGGGAUCAGCUAGCAAUAGGAAAGGAAACGGGACGAAGGCUAGGAAUGGGAACCAACAUGUACCCGUCAUCAGCUUUACUAGGACAAGACAAGGAUGAAUCAAUUGCUGCUCUACCGAUCGAUGAGCUCAUCGAGAAAGCUGAUGGUUUUGCUGGCGUCUUCCCAGAGCAUAAAUACGAGAUUGUAAAGCGCCUGCAAGCUAGAAAACACAUAUGUGGAAUGACUGGUGAUGGAGUGAACGACGCUCCUGCUCUGAAGAAGGCUGACAUCGGUAUUGCUGUGGCCGAUGCAACUGAUGCAGCACGCAGUGCUUCAGACAUUGUCCUUACUGAACCUGGACUCAGUGUUAUCAUCAGCGCUGUUCUCACCAGUCGAGCCAUCUUCCAAAGAAUGAAGAAUUACACGAUUUACGCUGUUUCCAUCACAAUCCGUAUAGUGGUUGGUUUCAUGAUGUUAGCGCUGAUAUGGAAAUUCGACUUCCCACCAUUUAUGGUUCUUAUCAUUGCAAUACUCAAUGAUGGUACCAUCAUGACUAUAUCGAAAGACAGAGUUAAGCCAUCACCUCUCCCGGAUAGCUGGAAGCUCGCUGAAAUCUUCGCAACCGGGAUAGUUCUUGGUGGUUACUUAGCAAUGAUGACUGUCAUCUUCUUUUGGGCUGCGUAUAAAACAGAUUUCUUCCCCCGUACUUUUGGGGUGGCGACACUUGAGAAAACUGCCCACGAUGACUUCAGGAAGCUCGCUUCAGCGAUAUAUCUGCAAGUGAGCACCAUCAGCCAGGCUCUCAUAUUCGUGACAAGAUCAAGAAGCUGGUCGUUUGUUGAGCGCCCUGGUUUGUUGCUCGUGGCUGCAUUCGCCAUUGCUCAACUGGUUGCUACUCUUAUCGCGGUAUACGCAAGCUGGAGCUUCGCAGCGAUUGAAGGAAUCGGUUGGGGCUGGGCAGGCGUGAUCUGGCUUUACAACAUCAUCACCUACAUCCCUCUCGAUAUCAUCAAGUUCUUCACGCGUUAUGCUCUUAGCGGGAGAGCUUGGGAUCUUGUUCUCGAAAGAAGGAUUGCUUUCACCAGACAAAAGGAUUUCGGGAAGGAGCACCGUGAGCUUCAAUGGGCACACGCGCAGAGAACCCUCCACGGGCUGCAAGUGCCAGACACCAAACUCUUCAACGAGACGAACAAUUUCUCCGAGCUGAACCAGCUGGCAGAGGAAGCUAAACGAAGAGCUGAAAUCGCGAGGUUACGGGAGCUGCACACGCUGAAGGGGCACGUUGAGUCAGUAGUUAGGCUCAAGGGUCUGGACAUCGACACGAUCCAGCAAGCAUACACUGUAUGAGAAGAUCAACAACCUACAUUUGAUGGGAGUGAAGGUAUUGAUAAUUGUUAGUCAUGAGCUGAAAUCUGCCUUUUUCUUGUAUUUGGAGAAGUUAAUUUAUUUAGAAUCAAUUUUUCUGAGUUUAUUAUUUAUGGCAUUAUAGACUUCUAGUCUAUAUAUGAGAUUGAGAGAUAUUUAUUAUCAUGUUAGAAGGUUAUGUUUAUAAUACGUAUGAAGCCUUUUUGGACUUCAUGAAAGUUUGUUA